UCAAAAAUUGCAAUUGUAAAUUUUUUCUCAGCUGCAUUCAUUUUCACCCGUAAAUUGUUUAAGUUUUUUACAAAUAUAACGCGUAAAUUGCAAUUGUUUAAAGAAAAUUUUGUUAAAUUCGUAAACCUUAAUCAAUAAUUUAUACUACAAAAUUUAUUAUUAAAUAACAACAACUAAAAUCAAUAAAACCAGCUGGCUGGUUUUUAAAAAAUUGGCUGAAAAAUCCUUUAAAAUUUCUUUUGUUACAAACUAAAGAAGAAAACUAUCUUUUCUCUCUUUUUUAGUUCAAAAGAGUAAAAAAAAGUGAUAUCAGCUUUUCAAGAAGGGGGCACAAUACAACUACAACAUGUCGGAGAAAAACCUAAAAGUAGGGGCUCGCAUAGAGCUGACGGGCAAAGAUUUACAGGGCACCAUUGCCUAUGUGGGCAUGACCAGCUUUGCUGUGGGCAAGUGGGUGGGUGUGGUCUUGGAUGAACCAAAAGGUAAAAAUAAUGGUUCCAUCAAAGGACAAUCAUACUUUGAGUGUUCGGACAAUUAUGGCAUGUUUGUAAGGCCAACUCAGUUAAAGGUUAUACAACCGGCACCGGAUGGUCGCAAAUCCACUGAGGAUAUAGCCGCUGGUGGUGGAGAUGGUCUUAAACAUACCGCACCCCAACCGACUAAAACCCGGCUAAGUGGGCCUCGCACUUCUUUGUCAUCCAGCCGUUUAUCUUUGUCCGGUUCACGUUCCCAGCUUACCUCUUCGUUAAAUGAGCGCACUGGCAGUACCGCCUCUAUAGCCUCCAGUCGCAAGAGUCUACAGCCCUCUUCCAACAACUCGUCUUUGUCUAAGGAUAAUAAUACUGCCUCCAAUACUUCUUUGGUGGAAAAGGCCCAAAUAGAUGUGCCUCCAAAUGCUAAUAUGUCCAAGAAAAACUCAUUUGUGGAGACUGGUUUUAUGGAAAUCUUAAAACCCCAAUUUACUCCCUCUCAACCUAUUAGGUCUCCCUCUUUUACUUCUCCACCUAAUCAGUUAACAUCACAAGAAUUAGCCGAGCAAAAGAAACAAAAUGAGGAGUUGCAGGCUCAAAUAACUGAUCUUAAUGAGAAGCUAGAAACUCUUAAACAGAGACGUAAUGAGGAUAAGGAGCGUUUAAGAGAUUUUGAUAAAAUGAAAUUACAAUUUGAACAGCUGCAAGAAUUUCGCACUAAAAUUAUGGCUUCCCAGGCUUCUCUACAAAAAGAACUACAAAGAGCUAAGCAAGAAGCCAAAGAUGCCAUUGAGGCCAAAGAGAGACAUGCCCAGGAAAUGGCAGAAUUGGCUGAUAAUGUGGAACUCAUUACUUUGGACAAAGAAAUGGCUGAAGAAAAGGCCGAAGCUUUGCAAUUGGAAUUAGAUGCGGCCAAAGAACGUAUCGAUGAAUUGCAGGUAGAUUAUGAAUUGCUUUCCUCCGAAAUGCAAGAUAAGGCUGAAACCUCUGUAGGCCACAUUGGUGAGGGUGGACCCUCGGUUUAUGAGUUUAAACAAAUGGAACAGCAAAAUUUACGUUUAAAAGAAACCUUAGUACGUUUGCGUGAUUUAUCAGCCCAUGACAAGCAUGACAUACAAAAGUUAACCAAGGAAUUGGAAACUAAAAAAUCUGAAGUAGCUGAAUUGGAAAGAACCAAGGAAAAGUUAUCAUCUAAAGUUGAGGAAUUGGAGGCUAUUGUAGCUGACUUACAGGAACAAGUUGAUGCUGCUUUGGGCGCCGAGCAAAUGGUGCAGACUUUAACGGAAAAGAAAUUCGAAUUAGAAGAUCGUGUCAAGGAAUUGGAAGAUGAAGUGCAACAACUGGAGGCUUUAGAAGAAGUUCAUGAACUUUUAAUAGAAAGCAAUCAUGAUUUGGAAAUGGAUUUGAGAGAGGAAUUGGAUUUGGCUCAGGCAGCCAAAAAGGAGGUUCUAAGAGAAAGAGAUGCUGCCAUUGAAACUAUUUACGAUAGAGAUCAAACUAUAACGAAAUUUAGAGAACUGGUGCAAAAACUCAAUGAACAAUUGAUUGAAUUGAGAGAUAAGGCCACUGCCUCUAAUGAUCCCAAAUCUUUGCAAGAUCCUCAAAUGAUAGCCAAUGAAACGGUGGACUAUAAGCAAAUGUUUGCUGAAUCUAAGGCUUAUACCAAAGCCAUCGAUGUACAGUUGAGGCAAAUUGAAUUGUCCCAGGCUAAUGAACAUACCCAAAUGUUAUCGGCCUUUAUGCCGGAAUCCUUUAUGUCUCGUGGCGGAGAUCAUGAUUCUAUUUUGGUGAUCUUGUUGAUUUCCCGUUUGGUGUUCAAAUGUGGCAUUGUUAUCAGCCAGACAAGAGAAAGAUUCCCGGCGGUGGAAAAUGUCACCAAGGAAUCCAUUAUACAGGGUCAUGCUGUUCAGCAAUAUGCUUUUAAAUGUCGUUUAAUGCAUUAUAUUCAUAACCUACAAUGUGCUUUGCAUCAGAUUUUGUAUGGUCUUAACAGUUGCCAGCCUGAUACUCUAUUAAGAGCCGGCUCUUCUUUACCCGAAAUGAUAGCCCAAGAGAAAAAUAUUGAUGGCAUUAUAGAGCUGUUGAAAUCCAAUCAAUUGGAUGAGAAUUCUACUACCGAUAACAUAGAGAAAUGUGUGGCCUUCUUUAAUGCCAUGAAUUCGGUAUUGCUGGCUGGCGAGGAUCUUUUGAAUGAGACGCAAAUGAUUAGAGAUUGUGUGGCUGCCAUACAGUCAGCCUGUGAGAGUGUACUCAAUGAUACAGCCAUAGCGAGAGCCAUUCUAAGACAAGAAGGCUCCACCAGUGAUGCUGCUUUACUCAUGCAGUUCUUGGCCGAUAAUGUGGAAUCCAUUAAGCAACAGGUUAAAUUGAUACGCAGACGUUUGCCUCAAGAUUUACAUGUCAUUAAGUGCGGCAUUUCACCCCUAAAACUGGAAGCCAUGCGCAGUUUGACACAACAAUUGUCACGUAUUAUGUCGGCUUUGUAUCAAGCCAAUAAGCAAUCAGUGGCUGCUAUAGUAGCUUCCAUAGAAGGAGACAAUGAUAAUGAUCAUUGCAUAGAUCCAGCGAAAUUCUGGGAAUCUUUGUCCCAAGCCUGUGAAAGGAUUUACGAACAAGAUGAUCGUGGACCAUCACAAAACUUUAAGGGUGUUUUGGGAGCCGCCAACAACGAUCUUCAGCAAGUGGCCCAAUAUCUAUUGGACAAAGAAUACGAAAUCAUGUCUUUGGCCAAUCAAAAACAAGAGAAACCCACUUCUCCCAUUAUACUAAGAGCCCAACUGAUCAAGAAACAAUUAGAACAAAAGAAUGUUUUAGCCGCCACUUUGGAAAAUCGCGAAGCUGAUAUUAAACAACUGAAAUUGGCGGCCAAAAUGAAACAGAAUGAAUUAUCGGAAAUGCAAAUACGCAAAGAUUUGGCUGAAAAGAAAUUGUCCGUUUUACAGGCGGAAUAUGAUAAUGCCCUGCAAUGGAAGAAACAAUACGAGGAAACUUUAGAAUUAUUGCAGAAGAAAGAAAAGGAAUAUGAGGAAACCUUUGAUCAUUUGCAAUCUGACAUAGAGGCUCUUGAGAGUGAGAAAUUAACUUUGAAAGAGAAAAUCAAACAUACCGGCAUUAAGCGCACGGGAGAUUCCUCAUUUAUGUCCACCACAGCACCUUCGGGACACUCAACCAAUACUUCCUUCAGCAAUCAUACUACCGGAGCCACUCCUCUUAUAGCCGAAGAGCUGCAAUUACUCAAACAUGUCUUUAAUAACGAACGCUCCGAAAGAUUACGCCUACAGGCCGAACAAAUCAAGAAUAAACUUAAGAAAUUCGAUCCCAUAUUUGUGCCACAACCUAAAGAUAAACGUAUCACAGAAUUGGAAACUGAACUCACUAAAAUGAAACAUGCCUGGGCUUUGUCUCUGCUACAAACUCAUCCCCAUAAAACAGGCAAAGAAAAUCAACAUAUAGUGGCUUUUCAACGUAAACAUAUGCCAGUACCAGAAAAAUCUGAAAUAUCUAAUAAAGCCAAUCAUUUGGCUGCUGAAAUCCUUAAGGAAUAUCUACAACGUAAUCCUCAUAGAGCAGCCACCAGUGAAUUUGGUGCUUUUCCCACUGUUGAAGUCAAACGGGUAUUGCAAUUGUAAAUGUUGAAGCUGUAGAACAAGAUUUACAAAAAAAAAGGUAUUCAAUUUUUAUUUUACUAAAACUUUAAAAAUCGUAGUUAAAAUUUGAAGAAAAAAAGGAAAAGCACAAAUUUAUUCUUAAAACAAAUUUCCCUAAAACUGUAAAUUACACCACAAAGGAAACUAUAAACCUCAACAAGAUUUUUCUUGAAUAUAAAUAUUUGAAGCAGACAAAAAAAACUA